UGUAGAGCGCGAGAAAAGGGAAACUCCUGUCUGUCUGAACGAAAACAAACGGGUUGUAGUGUGCACGCUGUUAAAAUAAACUAGCAACAAUGUCUGGGGAAAUUACCAGAAUUUGCCUUUUUCUACUCAUCGUCUGUUCGACAAUGGCCCAGGACUGUUCUGAUCCCUGUGACUGCCCGUCGGACCCCCCUCCAUGCCCUUUUGGUACCAGCCUGGUUCUGGAUGGCUGUGGUUGCUGUAAGGUGUGUGCCAGGCAAGCUGGCGAGCCUUGUACCCUCCUGGAGCCAUGUGACCACCAUAAGGGGCUUUACUGUGAUUAUGCAGUGCUGAGUGACACUGAGCACGGCAUCUGCAUGGCCCAGGAAGGCCAGACGUGUGACCUGGGAGGGGUCAUCUACCGCAGUGGAGAGACCUUCCAGCCCAGCUGCAAGCACCAGUGUGUCUGUAUGAACGGAGAGAUCGGCUGCGUGCCAACUUGUGCCAGCGACGUGUGGCUGCCCUCCCCGGACUGCCCGUACCCACGCCGCAUCCAGAUCCCUGGGAAGUGCUGUGAGGAGUGGGUGUGUGAUCAGAGCCCUCAGGACAACCCCUACCAGUCAGCCAUGGCUGUCUACAGAGAGGUGUCAGCCCACGGGCCGGUCCCGGCGGAGAGCCCCAGGGAGAACUGCAUCGUCCAGACCACCAAAUGGGACGAGUGCUCGGCCACCUGCGGCAUGGGCGUGUCGUCCCGCGUCACCAAUGACAACGAACGGUGCCAGCUGGAGAGGCAGACCCGUAUCUGUAUGAUCCGGCCCUGCCACGUGGAGCAAGAGAAGGACAUCAAGAGGGGGAAGAAGUGUGUACGGACCCCCAAGUCCCUGCGCGGCAUGCGUUUCCAGCUGUCAGGCUGCAGCAGCAGCAGGAUCUACAAGCCCAAGUUCUGUGGUGUGUGUACGGACGGGCGCUGCUGCACCCCUCACACCACCAUCACCGCCGAGGUGGAGUUCCACUGCCCCGAGGGAGACACCUUCAGACGCAAGAUGAUGUUCAUCAAGACGUGCUCCUGUCACCACGACUGUCCACGAGACAAUGACAUCUUCCUGGCCUCGCACACACGCAGAAUGAUUGGGGACUAUGACAACGAUAUGUAAACAUCAUGGCUGCCAAACAAACUGACAAGCACAUAAACACAUCAGCCCAUAUACACACACACACACACACAUACACACACUGAUAAAACUACUUCACAUCGCUCUCACACACACAUAGGCAGCUUUUUGAAUUCCUGGAGCCUUGUCUCUACCUUACUACCCAUAGACAUGUCUACCUAGUAGUGAGACUGAAAACAAGUAUGUGAGUUCAAGCAUGAGAUUGACUCUUUAGGUUUUCUUUUGCUACUUUUUUUUAUUGUUGUUUUGUUUGGGUUUUUAACGCGCAGCUCUAAAGUCACCUGGCUCUUUGACUCGUCUGCCUGUAUGUCUACAGAGAUACUAUAGGGUGGAUCUGACGCACUGAGGAAUCAAUGUUAGAGAGACGUAGCACAUCACUUAGGAAGGUAUAUAGUUAUAUUCACUGCUAAAGGGUUAUAGGAGCAUGACAUGGUAGUGUACAGAUGAGCAGUAGGUACUUACUCAACCAAAUGUCACAUUUUGACAUAAAAUGUUAGAAUAUGACAUUUAAAAAAAAAAAAGCAUUAUUCAUAUGUUAAAGAUUAACAAUACAGAAAUAGUUUGAAUAUAUUAUACUACUAGUAUGUGCCUCGACUGAUCUGCAUAUUAUUGAGUGAAUAUAUAUUUAUAUAUAUAUAUACUUAUAUACACCUGACACAAAAUUAUUGGAAAUAUUUAUGAUUGAGUCUUUUAACUUCGACGGGGACGUUACCUAUAUCUCUCAUUAUUUAGUCACUUCAUUAGUUGCUGACCACUGAUAUAUUUUCAGUUUAGUCCAACGUAAGAGUUUGGGUCCCUAAAAACUGCUUUUUCUGACCGUGAAUUCACGUUCACAUCAUGGUCAAAAAGAGACAUUAAAAUGACUAAAAUCCAAAGAAAAAAAACACUAGUCCAAAAACACUAAAAACAAAAAGUAGCUUGGCUGAAGAAUGUAAAUAAUAUUGUUUACUGUUUAUUUUAAAAAAGAGAAGAAAGAACAAAGGAAAUAAAUGAAUUCUGCAUUGACGAAUACACCUUGUGUAAAUACUGUAAGACUGUGUACAGUUUAGUACUAUAAUUUAUGUACCAGGUUGUUGUUUAAGUAAUAACACCAGGUUGUAAGUUGUUGUUGUAUUUGUAUCAUACUUGUUUUUCACUGUAACCACCUGGCCAAGAUACAAGUGAGUUCCUAUUG